AAGGACACCAGGGCUGCAGGACGACGAAGAACCAGGGCUGCACUAUUGUUUUCAAUAUUUUCAAAGAGCUACGCAGUGCGCUUCCAUGGCCUUGAACGCCUGCACCCCUUCAACGCGGCCAAGGGCAAGCACAUACACAAGGCUCUGUGCGCCGAACUUUCGCUGGUCGAAGGCAGCUUCUACGAGCCCGAGGAGCUCACCAAGCACCAGCUGCGUCGCAUUCACACCCGCGAGUACCUGCGUUCACUCCGGUGGAGCCUGAACGUGGCCCGCAUCGCCGAGGUGUCGCUGAUGGCUUUCGUUCCCAACAAGUACCUGCAGCAGGCCUAUCUGCGUCCGAUGCGCUUCCAGGCGGCCGGCUCCAUUCUGGCCGGAAAACUGGCCCUGGACUAUGGCUGGGCCAUCAACUUGGGUGGCGGCUUCCACCACUGCUGUUCAAACAGGGGCGGCGGCUUCUGUCCCUACGCAGACAUCUCCUUGCUGAUUGUCCGUCUCUUUGAGCAGGAGCCCUGCCGCGUCCGCCGCAUCAUGAUUGUCGACCUGGACGCCCACCAGGGAAACGGGCACGAACGCGACUUCAACAACUGGGAGACUGUCUUCAUACUGGACAUAUACAAUGCUUUCAUCUACCCCAGAGACCAUGCCGCCAAGCUAAGCAUUCGCUGCGGCGUGGAGCUGCAGAACCAGACCGAGGACGCCUACUACUUGCGGCAGCUCAGCCGCUGCCUGAUGCAGUCCCGAGCCGACUUCCGGCCCGAUGUGGUCAUCUACAAUGCCGGCACCGAUGUCCUCAAGGGAGAUCCCCUGGGGAACCUGGACAUCUCCGCCGAGGGGGUCCUGGAGCGCGACCGAUUGGUGUUUAGCACUUUCCGUGCCCUAGGCAUCCCGGUGGUCAUGCUGCUCAGCGGUGGCUAUACGAAGGCCUCCGCACACGUCAUUGCCGAUUCAAUUGUCAAUCUCCGGCAGCACGGACUACUGGACUGAGGGAAGACAUCGGUUUUAAAGAGAACUUGUAUUGAUAUUAGGAGUAUUUUACGAGUGACUCACCGCAAUAGAUGGAAAUGUAACUCUGGCUGAUGGAAACGUGCGCUGUGAAAGGAAACAUGAUGAGUGAUUUAACCGCAAACAAUCUCUACCACGGGAGGGCGAGCUUGAUGAAUCCAAUAAGAUGGGUUUUAAAUGCAUAUCUCAUUGUAUUCACAACUAAAUUGGACAUUUAGUUCACACCUUAUCAAAAUUUAUUAAACGUACAUAAGUUAAAGUCGUUAUUAGAAUAGUUAUUCGCCUAUGUCUUCUAUGAAGUUAUGAUUUCAGAUCAUUAAGUUCAGUAUAGUAUCGUAUCGCAGGGAUGCAGAAGGUAUAAAUAUCUCCCUCGACUUAGGAUUAGAUAGCAGCAGUCAGUAUCUUGUCAAUAUUUGUACAGACAUGUGUUCCUUGGCAUCCUUAGAGAUUUGCGUUAUAUCUUUUAUAGUUUCUUCUCUAUAUACAAUCCAAAGCGGACCGGGGCAGGGGACAGGGAACCGGGUAGCGGGAAGGUUGAACGAACAUUCCUUCUUAUGGAUGAUGUGCAUGUGUAUGUGUUUGCUGUCGCAAUUGGUUAAGUGUCUAUUAUAUAUAUAUAUAUAUAUAUAUAUAUAUGUAUAUAUGAUACAAAAUAGUCGCUAAAGGCUAAUUUACUCGUUUAAAAUACAAAAAUACAUACAAAUAAAUGUUCACUUAAUGGUUUAAAUUA